CUCAUUCGAAAUUCAUUCUGCCGACAGGAUUAUUUUCUGUCAAAUAAUUCUAACAACACCCAUCCUAAUUUGCAACCAGGUGUCGAAAGUCCUGUUUUAUGCACAAAUUCCAGCUCUAUGGGUUUAAUUGCUGCGUGCUACCAUGAGCUCGAGACACGGUGACGUCAGCGCCGAAACACUGAACUAAACAAGCCGUUUCCAGCAGCGUGAGCCUCUUUCGGAGCGCUCGGCCUGCCCAAACCACUUUGGAUAGUUACCCAGCGUCUGAUCCGGGGAGUUGAACAGUGUAUUCGCCUGCGUGUCUUCAGUCUGCCACCGUGUCUCUCUGAGAGCAGUCCACACAUACGAGCGCUCCAAAAUGUCCGAGAAGCCGGAGGCAGAUUCGGAGGGAAGCUGGUACGGGGAGGAUUUCGAGAAGAUCGAUCGGUUUGGGAGAACCAGCUCCGCCCAGCGUGAUGUCUUGGGAGAGGAGAGGCAGACGAGAGACUGGGAAGACGAGACAAGUGUGGAGAAACAGUUUUCCAGCCAUCCCGAAAGCGACCGGCAACCGCUCCCUGUUGUCAUGGAAACUGCUUCCACAGAUAAAUCAGCUUCAAGCAUCCAGAAGUCCCGUGAUGACAGGGAUGACCUGUACACCUCCCUCUUGUCCAAUCAAAACUAUUCCUCUCACGAAGACACCUCUUACUUUUCUGGCAGCAUGAGCAAAUCCGCCGACAAACAUACAACCCGCACUGAUGACUUCAUCUCUGGAUCCUAUUCCGUCACCUUCAGCUCAGAUUCCAGCAACGAAAUAAAAACCAGCACAGACCAGAUUGACAGCUCUCACGGCACAGAGAGAGCUUUCGGCUCUUCUUAUAACUACAUGGACAUCAGUGGCAAAGACGACUCAAGAAGCUCACAGCGUCCCCUGGGGGACUGGAGUAUGAGUGGCCUCUCAGAGCCCACCCUGUACACCAAACUAGAGAAGAGCCCAUCACCGGUCGAAGUAGAUGCGGAUGACUUUGGCUCUGCUGGACUUCUGGACACUCAGACCUUCCCGUAUGUGGAAGAACCAUCCGAUGAAGAGCUGUCUGACUAUCAGCCCUAUCGAUCUCCAGGUACCGGUAGCAGUGCCAGUCCGGUGAGGAUCACUCUGACAGAAAUACCACCUACAUCUGUAUCACCAACUAAAAUCCAGCACAGCCCCACAGUUACAGUUUCCGAGAAGGAGAGUAUCCUGAGUCUGGGACUGGAGGGAAUGCCCACAGUCACCCUCUCAGAGCCGGAGGAUGACAGCCCUGAGUCAUCUACACCCCCUACAGAAGACUCUGAAUCGCCAAUGGAUCCAAACAUCCAGGCUGGUGAAACUGAAAUAAUGAGCUCCACCCCAGACAACACUCAAGUGUCACCAAUGUCACCGACUCAACCUGCCUCAAAGAAAGACAGUUCCCCAGUAGAAAAGAUUUCUGCCCCCAAAUCCACAUUGCCCCAUUCUUCCCAGGAUUUCGAGGGUAACAGUGCCGAAUCUGGUGACUCUGAGAUUGAGCUGGUGUCUGAAGAACCAAGUCCACGAGCUCCCAGCUCUGGCUACAUGAGCUUCAGUAAAACUCCUGCCACUGCUCCAUCGACCAUAGUUCCUUCCACAGCACCUGUCCCAUCUUCUACCAAUGCCAUUCCCAAGAGCCUUGCCUUGCAAUAUAGCAUCUUGAGGGAGGAGCGUGAAGCAGAGCUGGACAGUGAACUGGCUCUGGAGUCCUGCGGAGAGGAAAGUCCCAAAAGAUUGACCCACGGAUCCUCAAAGGGCUACAAGGAGAUUCCACAGGCAGUCAAAAAACCCACAACCCCAACUUCUGCAACUAAAGAAUCAUUUGUUACUUUCACUACACCAUCUCCGACCAUUCUGGCCCCAACCAGUGCUCCUAAAGAGAAGAUGUCCACCAUGGAAGAGAAGCCUAAACACAGCACGUUCCCAAGUCCAGGCCUUCCAGAGUUGAAGGUAGAGCAUCCUGCCGGGGAGGUGCACAAGAAAGAAAGAAGACGGUCCAGUCAAGCCCGCAGGGGCUCAGAGAAAACAUCUGCUCCACCAGCCGCCUUCCAGGGUUUCAGCAGGGAGAAAGCAAUGGAGCUGCUGUACUGGCGGGACCUGAAGAAGAGCGGGCUGGUGUUCGGCAGUUUGCUGCUGCUGCUCUUCUCCCUGACUCAGUUCAGUGUGGUCAGUGUGGUGGCUUAUCUGGCUUUGGCCUCUCUCUCCGCUACCAUCAGCUUCAGAGUCUACAAGUCCGUCCUGCAAGCCGUACAGAAAACAGACGAAGGCCAUCCCUUCAAAGUCUAUCUGGAUGUGGAGAUGUCACUGUCCCAUGAUCAGAUGCAGAAGUAUGCAGAAAACGUCCAGUAUUAUAUCAACAGCACGCUGAAAGAGCUGCGCAGACUGUUCCUGGUGCAGGACCUGGUGGAUUCUCUAAAGUUUGCAGUUCUGAUGUGGUUGUUGACCUAUGUUGGAGCUCUAUUCAAUGGCCUCACUCUUCUUAUUAUGGUGGUGGUGUCCAUGUUCUCAAUGCCUGUGGUCUAUGAGAAAUACCAGGCACAGAUUGAUCAGUAUGUGGACCUAAUAAGGACCCAAGUCAACUCUGUGGUAGCAAAGAUCCAGGAGAAGGUUCCUGGGACCAAACGAAAGGCUGAAUAGGCCCUACAGGGAGGAGGUUGUGAUCUGCUGACCAUCCCGUUACAGGAAGAGCUGAAUGAUUUCUCUUUGUACACUCAAACACAGAUAUAUGCACACACACACACACAAGACACAUAAACAUCACUGGAACAUAGUUCUACUUUGUACACAUUGUGACGUCUAGAGCAAUGGCAAAGCUGUGCAGGAGAAGUCCCAUCCACGCCUUGUAAACAGUAAAAAGAAAUGAAGAAAAAAAAAAAGCAAAACAAGCAUUUGUCAAAACAGGAUCUAGUCAGAACUACUCAAUGAUUUGUAGUAAACUACUAAGUAACCUAAGAAAUGUAUUAUUCAAAUCAGGCGAAAAGGCUAGAUGUGACUUCCUUUUUUUUAUGUGUUGCUCAUAAAGUGCAUGAAGUCAAGAGUCUCAAGUGCUGAUGAAUUCUCUUUUUCUCUUUUAAGUUUGUGUGCUUUCUCAGCUGUGCUGAAAUCUCAGUAGUUUGUAAAGGAUCUCUCCAGCUUUUUUGCUCUCCAGUGACACACUCUUCUUGGACAAAAACAACAACAAUAAUAAUAAAAAAAGCUUUGUGUGUAUGGUGUUGGGUGGGGCUUUUUCGCUUCCGUCACUAUAUCUGCAAACAUGAUUAACAUAACCGUCAUGUCAGCUCGACGCAUGGAUCUGCCGAGGUUCAUGAUCUCUGGGCACAAACGUAACUAUUUAGCAAUGUUCUGAUUAGAUAUGGUCAGCUCACUUGUAGCAUUACAGUAUUUUCCCUUUUUUUUUGUAGGACUCCGCUUCAGAGAUUCAUGUUUAGGUGCUGUCAUCUUAUUUCUUUUUUGAAAACGAUACAAACAAAAGAGAGGGAGGAGAAGGAAGCUUCAGUGAGUGAUUGCCAGCUAGAAUCUGUCAAUCUUUGUACUCUGUUACUGUAAGUGUUGUUUAUUCUUUUAGCCAUUGACUCUUAACUAUUUGCACUUAAGAUGUACUCAAUACUGAAUGCUGAAAAUAAAUGUUCUUAAAUGUA